AUGGAUAUUAUUUUAGGUAUAAGGGUGCAGGAUUGUGUGAUAUUGGCAACUUCCAAAGCCGUAACUCGAGGCAUUUCGAUACUAAAAGCCGAUGACGAUAAGACCAGACAACUUUCGGAACAUACGCUAAUGGCUUUCAGUGGGGAAGCUGGUGAUACCGUGCAGUUUGCAGAAUACAUUCAGGCGAACAUUCAAUUGUAUUCGAUCAGAGAGAACCACGAGCUCUCUCCACAGGCGGUUUCAAGUUUUGUCAGACAAGAACUGGCGAAGUCGCUCCGCUCCAGAAAGCCGUACCAGGUGAAUGUGCUGCUUGCUGGCUACGACGCCCACAGCAAUAAAACUGAAUUGUACCAGAUAGACUACCUAGGAACUAAAGUUGAGCUGCCUUACGCAGCACACGGCUAUUCUGGUUUUUACACGUUUUCGCUGCUCGAUAGACACUACAGACCCGACAUGACUUUAGAAGAUGGUCUUGAGCUUUUGAAGCUAUGUGUUGAAGAACUUGACCGCAGAAUGCCCGUUGAUUUCAAGGGCGUUCUUGUCAAAGUCAUCGACAAAGACGGUUGUCGCGAAAUCGAAGACUUCGGAACCAAGGCAUAA